CCACGUGACCACACGCCCUCAUCUGCAGUGGAGGAACGCGCCGUGCGAUUCUUAGAUCCCACCACCACCAUCAUCAUCACAAGCAACCACGACCACCACCAUCAACAACACAAACAACCACGACCACCACCAGACCCAGCCACCACAUCAGCCGUGUGCCCGGCGGGGGGGCACAGCGCAAAAGCGGCACGAAAUCGCGUUUUUGGGGGGUGGUGGUGUUUGUGUGUGUGUGGACGAAUUGAAGCUAUCGAAAGAUGUUGGCGCUCAUCAACAGACUGCUGGACUGGUUUAAGGCCCUCUUCUGGAAGGAGGAGAUGGAGCUGACUCUGGUCGGGCUGCAGUACUCGGGCAAGACGACGUUCGUCAACGUUAUUGCGGUAAAGCAGCCUACUCAUUGCGCGUCUGCGAGGCGAGCCCUCUCCUGGUCCGGCCAGUUCAAUGAAGAUAUGAUUCCCACUGUGGGCUUCAACAUGCGGAAAAUAUCAAAAGGCAAUGUAACCAUCAAGAUUUGGGACAUCGGAGGACAGCCCCGGUUCCGGAGCAUGUGGGAGCGGUAUUGCCGUGGAGUAAACGCCAUCGUGUACAUGGUGGAUGCGGCGGACCCUGAUAAAGUGGAAGCUUCAAGGAAUGAGCUUAACAAUCUCCUGGAGAAACCCCAGCUGCAUGGCAUCCCGGUGCUGGUUCUCGGAAACAAGAAGGACCUUCCAAAUGCUCUGGAUGAAAAACAGCUGAUUGAUAAAAUGAAUCUGUGUGCCAUUCAGGACAGAGAGAUCUGCUGCUACUCCAUUUCCUGCAAAGAGAAGGACAACAUAGAUAUUACCCUCCAGUGGCUCAUUCAACAUUCCAAGUCUCGACGAAACUAGAAAACAGCCGUUCUGCCAACAUUUCCUUGUGUUUUUUUUCUUCUAAAUUCUUGCCAAACGGAAUUCAUGUCCUGCCAAAACUCAAACAACGAUUCCGUUUGUGUCCUUGUGUGAUGUCCCAAGCUGAUAGACGUCCGUCCGUAUUGGACAUUUCACGGGGAAUUGCGACAUUUGGUCUGUCGUCGUUGCGUUGAAAGUAAGUUUUUUUUGCAGCGUUACUGUGCACUGUGCUGCUGCAUGAAGAACCACAUAUGCCUCCUGAAUUAAGUGCCAUUUUCUGUGUACACUGUGCAUUGACCUGUGCUGUAUUGAUUUAACGUUUAAGUCUUACUCUUGCUGCAAAGAUCCUGGCUGUGUGGUCGCCUUAGGAUAACAAGGUUGCCCUAUUUUUUUCGGCUUUGCAACAGUCGAGCCCUUACGACUGGCUUUCUCUGCAGCAGCAACAGGCCGCCCCUUGGAAGUUUACAAAACAUCUAAAUAAUUUCUUGCUGCAGGUCUUGUUCCAUUUUGCUAAAGUCGCUAUGCAGUACCCAAAAAUGCCUAUCGCAUUUUACGUUAAAAGACAUUCCAUUGGCAUGCGCAGACUGUUAGGGUGGCGAUGACUAAAUUCGAACGGCAGUACAACAUGCCUAAUUAUUUUUUGGUGCGUUUUAUAUUGAAAAGCGUGGGAAAUUGCAUAUGCAGGAGGAUGUAGUCCAUAAUAGUUUACAACUUAAGUGUUGGUGAGCAUAUUAACUUGAAGGUACGCGUUUUUAAAUGUUGAAUUAAUUGCCUGCAAGGCAGAAACGUAAGCAAUUAACGGUGUUGGAAAGGUUGAACGGUGGGUUAGAAAAAACCUGCUGGAAAGUGUUUUGACAACUUGCACGUGUGAAGUCGGUGUUACCUCCUGAACAUUUCGGUUCGUGUCACAGUUCGGUGGCGAUGGUAUGUCGCAUGCAGCAGGUACGCGUUUCCAUUUUGCUGAUGCCAAGUGACUUUCGCAAUCUUUUCACACCCCGCACCUCCAACGUGAAUGCCUUCCUCUGUGCACUUUCCGUGCGGCUUAACACGAUUAAAUGCUAUUAAUGGGCAUCUCGCCUUUUCGAAAGCCCUUGGAGCAAGCACACUUGAUGGUGUAUUAGUGUUGUGUGUGAACUGCUAAUAAGGAAAGCACAUGGUUGUGAAAAUGUCAGUAUUUUUGAAGGCACACAAUUCGCAUUUAGCUUAUUUUGAUGAGAGCUGAAAUUCGGAGAAGGUAUUUUUUUUUCUUCAUCUGGUUAUUGGUCAAUGUGAGUAUAUGCUUGCACUUUUUUGAAAUGUGAAAAUGCAAACGUGCGCAGUGUGUAUACGGAAUUUUGAAACUUCAAAUGGUACUUUAACUCUUUACAUGGAAGUCCGAUUAUGACCAAACUUGUAGUUGCCAUGCUGUCUGAUAUUAAUGCUGUCAAACAAAUAAUAUCCUUUACAAUUGCACCGUUCGUGCGUGCAAUAUGUGCCCUUAAGCAUCUUUUUGCAGUUUUUCUCUUUAAUAUUGCGUUCGUGCACUAUGAACCUUGUACGUUUCGUAGCACACUACAACUGAUUCAGGUUUCCCUCUGUUUUUGCGGUAGUAGAUGCGUUCCAAAAAAGGGGCGCACUAAGCCAAACCGCACAAGACGGCUGCCUGAUGAAUCGCUGCACACAGUACACGUGCAACGUCCCACAUCCGUCCGCAUAGCCCAGGGGUCGGUAACUAAAACAAGAUUUUAAAAAUGUAAUCGGUAAAAAACAAUACGAACGAGUUGGGUUCCAGGUCUGUUCGUAAGUUUAUUUGUUCGUAAGUCCAACUUUACUCCUGUAGAUUCCAAACAUGUUGUACAGCAUGUACACUAAACACGGGGAAUGGCUUUAAAAGUUGCAUCAUCUUCUGUAGAUCUCGAUGCCACUGGUUCUUCAUGUUCUGCAGAUGUAGAUGCAACCACCGCCAUCUAUUGCGCGGCGGUUGAACUUACGACUCUCGGUCCAAACAGGCAACUGGACAUACGGACAGGUUUGUUCGUAUCUCUGAAAGUUCGUAAGUCCAAUGUAAGUAAGAGGAGUCCCUGUAUUUCAAAAGCUGCAAUGCAUGUGAAUAAAAGAUGGUCCUUAACGUAACGAAACAAGCCCUUAAAUGAGCUGCAUACGGCUCUGGAGCUGUAGGUUGCCGACCUCUGGCAUAGCCGCAUGCGAAUUAAAUAAAACCGCACAUAUCGAAUUUUGGGUGGAAGUAGGUUCGCCGCAUUUACGUGAAAUCGCACAAACCCGCGUAAAGCGAAGGGAACCUGUCCAGGGAAGUAUGACUUUGCACGGGGGUGAGAGCUCCCCCCUGCCCCCCUCCCAAUGCUUGACACCUUUUUGGCGGGUCGAAUGCCAUGCGCUAAGUGUGCUGUACAUUUAAAACGAUUGUCUUAUUGUGUCAUCGCUCGAGUUGUUGCUGGCUGAACAAACACCAAUGGGUGGCUAAUACAGAGCUUGAAUUGCUUAUUUGUGGUGGCAUUUUACGAAACGUUCGUUUGUAUUGACACUGUAAUGAGUGCCAUGUUUCAAGUGUUUGUGGUGGCCGACGGGACGGUAAAAUGGAUCCGAGUGUUGUGGCAAGGGUGGGGGAGGGUGGAAAUGAAUAAAGAUGGUGAAAG